AUGAGUGGAGGAGUUCCGUUGCAUCAUCUCAUUGGAAUGAGCAAUGAGAGCAACUCCCACGUGGACGGGGGCCUUCUGCACGGGGCGAGGACUUCAAUACCGGAGCUCAGCGCAGGCAUCCCUGGGGAUGGUGUGGACCUGGGUGAGAUCAUGUUCUCUCUGUGCUACCUCCCCACCGCCGGCCGGAUGACCCUCACCGUCAUCAAGUGCAGGAACCUGAAAGCCAUGGACAUCACAGGCUCCUCGGACCCGUACGUGAAGGUCUCCCUGAUAUGCGACGGGCGGCGUCUGAAAAAGAGGAAGACCACGACGAAGAGGAGCACGCUGAACCCGGUGUACAACGAGGCCAUCAUCUUCGACAUCCCCCCCGAGAACGUUGAGCAGGUCAGCCUGUCCAUCACCGUGAUGGACUACGACAGGGUGGGUCACAACGAGGUGAUCGGUGUGUGCUACACCGGGCCGGACGCUCAGGGCCUGGGGCGGGACCACUGGACCGAGAUGUUGGCGUACCCCCGGAAACCCAUCACCCACUGGCACUCCCUGGGGGAGUGGCCUGGAAGAGCAGCGAGCUUCGAGAGUCAGGGCUCCUGUCCGUCGCCGAAGCCACCCUUGACCCCCUGAGCAGCACCCAGCGGGUGUCACAACAGGGUGUCACAAACGGGUGUCGUGGUCCUGCUGUCCGGGGGUUGAAUCUGCUGUCGCUCGGGGUUAUCAAGAGAAGAAGAACAUCGAAGAGACUCUGACGGACGACGCUCACUCUGUGGUGUUUCUGUGUCUGUAGGUCACGGUGGAGAUGUGUUUAAAACCGUACGCUACGCGGUACGUGCGUGACACCUGAAGUCUUCAAGGGCUCGACAGAACCGACUAUGCACCGUACUUAAUUGACACAAAUUGCGUCUCGUGAGUAAUUGCUCUGUGCUCGUUAGUCAUAUUCGACAUCGCUAUGGUCACUCUCCCCGACGCUUGAAAUUAUAAAUGCAGACGUACCUUCCAACUUUAAAAUCACACCACAUAUUUACCAAGCCGUCAUACUGACCAAAUCAUUGGAAGAACUAAUUAGGCAAUAUUAAAAUCAACUCACACGUUUCCAGGCAUCGCUGUACAGUCAUUGAAGCCGGUCCAUUUCCGUUUGAAACGAAACGAUAUAGACAUAUAUAUUUUUAUGUAAGAUUUAUUAUCGAAGGUUUUAUCCUUCAUAUUGUAGAGUGAGACAGACAGGAAGGUAUGGGAGACAGACAGGAAGACGUGAAGCAAAGGACCGCGGGCGGGAAUCGAACCCGGGGGGCUGCCGUGAGGACUGGGCCUCAACGGUACGCGCUCUCCUAACCCUAACCCUAACUGUAUAGAUCCUAACGUCUGACCUCAUUGGAUGGUUCUGUCGUUUCCACCGUGGAGAGGGACAGGUCAACAUGGAGUGUUUCCUCCGGCCCGUCCGUUAUGUAUGCAGUAUAUAUAUAUAGAUAUUAUACAUCCCUCCCCCACGGUCGUCGUUAACCUGUGGCCCGCAGGACGCCGCACAGCCGAGUCCAUCGCCCCCAGUGAGCCGGUAGCCCGCGCAUGUAGCAACGAGGGGGUCGUUGUCCUGGAGACGUCCACCGUCCGACAGACGGUGUCUGUCGGAACGUCUGGAAGAGCGGCGUCCAUGCCUAGAUAGAGAGAUACUGUCGAGAUAGAUGGAUGGAGAGAUGGAGAAUUGGUCCUUUUGAAAGCCCCCUCCAUACAGUCCAACCUGCUUUAUGUUUUCCCUUGGAGACAUUUGGAACACAGCCCGUCCCGUCGUGUUUCCUGAAGGUCUUGUGUCCACGGACGGUGUGUCCAAGUGGAACUGGAAUAUAGUGAGCUGAGAGCACCCGACGUAGGUGACUGAGCGAUGUGCUGCAGCUGAGGGACGAUCCCUGGGGUCUCACAGCCUGGAUCUACCACCAACGUCUCACCCUUGAAAGACAGGAGAGGUUUAGGGUUGAACCAACAGGGACGCCUGUUCCCAUUACUGGCUCUUCUCUAAAUCACUCAUUCCUGUUAGAGAAAACGGGAAUCCCUGACCUAUGAUGUCAAUGGUCAAACUUUCCCUCGAAUUUUCCACGGAAACAUACUUUUUCCAGCGCAUGCAUAUGAGGCAGUAUUCUCUAAUCGCAGCCAGUCGCGAUGGGUUCCAUUAAAAUAUAAAAACAUCUUCCAGAAGGGUUUGAGACAGCCUUAAUCUCUGCAUUGUGUUGGCAUUGAAAGGCUUGACCUUUAUCAGAGCCUGAGUACAGAAACAGCGCUGUCUGAUUUAUGAUUUCUCUUGAUUGCAGGAAUGCUCCCAGAGAUUAUUUAUGUUAUCGUCUGAUUUUUCCCAAAUGUAAUUUUCCGCUAUAUAGUAUUAUGCCGAACAACCCCCUGAAUGGAUAAUUGGAAAAAACUAACAAAUAUAUGCAUCUUCCUGUCAUAUAAUUCAUUCAUAAAUCGUAACCCUUCGUUACAAGGAUUUAGUGAUGAAAAUGAAUACUAAAGAUAGAGUGCAGUAGUUUAAUUGGACAACUUUUGGACCUGAUUGGAUAAGGUAACCUUGAAUAGACUUAAAAUGUUUAUAGGAAACAUGUCCUAGACACAGGGAAGCAAUCAACCAACACUUCAAGUUCAACAUUGUUUUUUACGUAGUAUCUAUAUAUUUUUACAUUACAUUGAGCCAUUUUUUAUUAUUUUCUGUUGAAAACAUUGCAUUGACAUUAACGCGUGAGUAAUAACGAACUAAUACAAUGCCAACAUACAAAAAGGCUAUGUACUGUUAUCGAACUUGCACAUGAUAAAUAUGAAGCUUUCUUUCCUGUGCACUGCCCUACAGUAACAGUAAAAUUUGACUUUUUUUACAUGUACCAUGCAUGUGCUCAAAAAGAAAUGUUCAAUGAGGGAGGGGAAAAUGUAAUUAAUGAAUAAAGUACAGUUAUCAGAAUUUCUAACUAACAUUGUGUUUACAUGUACAUAUUGUUGUCAAACGUUUGUACAUAAAAGUGAAAUAAAAACAAAGGUAACUGUAGACUUCUAUAUUGUUGUGCAAUUUACAUCGUUUAGUGAUAUUUUCUACGCCUUGUGCUUGUGUUUACGUCCAAUGAUGCACACUAUGUCAUACAUGUGAGGAACAAAUCAUAUUUGAGACGUUCAAGUGUACCUUAAGAACUUACUUUUGUUUUAAUUUUGCAUAUUGGUUGAGUUUACAAUUGAUCAAAAAAUAAUUCCAGCCGAUAAUUCGAUAUUCGACAUGCACCGCAGGUACACGGUGUACAGUUUGUGAUAACUUUUUGUAUAAUUCCAUAAGAAACUUCAAAUAUAAUGCAUUGUAACUGUUACCUAUGUAUUUUGACUAACAAAAAUAAAGAAAUAUACCAGAAUCAA